CAGCCGCCCACUCCCCGCCCGCCAGCCCGCCUCCUUCCAGCCGAGCGCCGUCUAGCCGCCCCGUCGAGGCGAGGAACGCACCAUGGCGCGCCCCGAGUGCCCGCUGCCGCCGAAGCCGCGCUGGCUCUUCUCGCUCCUGGGGCUCUUCGCCUUUGCCCUGUUGCUGGAGGGACGCGGCGGCGGCGCCGCGCCCUUGCAAGGCGGCGAGGGAGCGCCUCCGAUGGCCAAGAUCUACCCUCGGGGCAGCCACUGGGCAGUGGGGCACUUUAUGGGCAAGAAGAGCAGUGGAGAUUCUCCUUAUAUAUAUGAAGAACGAAAUGAGCCCUCCUUCUCUUUGCUACCUGAUAACAUCAAGCAGCUGGGAGACUAUCUGCACUGGGAGGAGACAUUCAAGCAGUUCCUCCGGCUUCUCGAGGGGAACGAAAACCACGGCUCUCAAGUUCUCAGGGAAGAAUUGCCAUUUCUUGCCAAGAGCACUUGGGGGGUGGAGGACAACGGCAGCCUCAAAGAUAUGAUGGAUUAUCUGCUGCAAGCGAUGGAUAGAAAAGAAAGCUCUCUGAGUUGAAGUGACUGCUUUCCAGCACCGAAGGCAUAGAAUAAUAUCCUUAAGAAAGAGACUAUUGGUUUCAUAAGCAUUUUAUUGUAUAUGAUAACUGAUUAUUAAAAAAAAAAACCUUUUGUGUUAAGCAAGAUUUUUCCUUUGGCAUAAAAAUGACCUGCUCACUUGUAUUCCUAAUACUGGUGACACUCUUUGGCAGUGGGUAGCCUUUUUCUCAUUUGAACUGCUUUGUCAUAUAACAGCCUUCGCCAGCCUGGCGCCCUCCAGAUAUUUUGGACUGCAACUCCCAUCAGGCCCAGCCAGCAUGGCUGUGCUGGCUGGGGCUGAUGGGGGUCCCAGUCCAAAACAUCUUGAGGGCGUCAGGUUGGCAAAGGAUGUUGUACAUCAUUGUCAAUGAAGGGUCUUCCAAUCCUCUGAUGGUACGUUGCCAUUCUUCUCGCUGCAAUCACUUUGUCUUUUUGUGUUAACAAUCAUUUGACAUUUUUCAACA